AUGCACAAGCUGUACAUUGGGAAUCUAGGCGAAAGCGUGACUGCCGAAGACUUAGGUAAAACCUUUGACGACCACAAGAUCCCCUACUCUGGACAGUUUCUAAUGAAAACCGGCUAUGCUUUUGUGGACUGCCCGGAUGACCACUGGGCCAUGAAGGCUAUCGAGAAUCUAUCUGGUAAAGUGGAACUUCAAGGGAAAUGUAUUGAGGUCGAGCACUCCGUCCCAAAGAAGCAAAGGACCAGGAAACUGCAGAUCAGAAACAUUCCACCUCACCUGCAGUGGGAGGUUCUGGAUGGUCUGUUGGCCCAGUGUGGAACCGUAGAGAACUGUGAGCAAGUGAACACAGACAGUGAGACGGCAGUGGUUAAUGUCACGUAUGCAACCCGGGAGCAUGCCAGACAAGCCAUACAGAAGCUGAAUGGAUACCAGUUUGAGAACAACGCUCUUCGAGUCUCCUACAUCCCAGACGACACCUCUGAGCUGGAUGGGGGACAGCGGGGGCCUGAUAACGGCCGUCGCCCCGGGUACGGCCCCCGAGGCGGACCCCGUGGAGGGUCCCCGAGCUCUGGAAUGCCCUCCAAACCUCAGCACCCUGACAUUCCUUUGAGGCUGCUGGUCCCCACACAGUAUGUUGGCGCCAUCAUUGGCAAAGAGGGCGCCACCAUCCGAAACAUCACCAAGCAGACGCAGAGCAAGAUCGAUGUUCACCGUAAGGAAAAUGCAGGAGCUGCUGAGAAGCCAAUCAGCAUCCACUCUACUCAGGAGGGCUGCUCCGCCGCCUGCCGCAUGAUCCUGGAUAUUAUGCAUCAGGAGGCCAAAGACACCAAGACCGCUGAUGAGGUUCCACUUAAAAUUCUGGCUCAUAACAACUUUGUUGGACGCCUUAUUGGUAAAGAGGGACGCAACCUGAAGAAAGUUGAGCAGGACACAGGCACCAAAAUUACCAUUUCCUCUCUUCAGGACCUGACACUGUACAACCCAGAGAGAACCAUCACAGUUAAAGGCUCCAUCGAAGCGUGCUGUAAUGCUGAGGUGGAGAUCACGAAAAAGGUCCGGGAGGCCUAUGAGAAUGACAUCGCUGCUAUGAACCAACAGACCCACCUGAUCCCUGGACUAAACCUGGGGGCUCUGGGGCUCUUUCCCUCCUCAUCCAACAUGCCACCGCCUCCACCCGGGAAUGCCGUCGCUGGUGCUCCUUAUGGAUGUUUUGGGGCUCCAGAACAGGAGACGGUCCAUGUAUACAUCCCAGCACAGGCAGUAGGCGCCAUCAUCGGAAAGAAGGGCCAGCACAUCAAACAGCUGAGCCGCUUUGCUGGGGCCUCUAUCAAGAUCGCCCCGGCUGAUACGCCAGAUGCUAAAUUUAGAAAGGUGAUCGUUACAGGACCCCCUGAGGCUCAGUUUAAGGCUCAGGGCAGAAUUUAUGGCAAACUGAAGGAAGAGAACUUCUUUGGGCCAAAGGAGGAAGUCAAACUGGAAACUCACAUUAAGAUGGCCGCCGCCGCUGCAGGAAGGGUCAUUGGCAAAGGGGGGAAGACGGUGAAUGAGCUGCAGAAUCUGACAGCAGCUGAGGUGGUGGUCCCCAGGGAACAGACCCCUGAUGAAAACGACCAGGUCAUUGUCAAGAUCAAUGGACACUUCUAUGCCAGUCAGUUGGCUCAGAGGAAGAUCCGGGACAUUCUGACCCAAGUCAAACAGCCACAGAAAGGCGGGAUGAGCAUGGGCCCCAGCCCCAACCCCCAGGGGUUCUCUGAAAUGGGCAGCCCAACACAGGGACUGGCUCAGGACCACCAGCCACGCAGGAAGUGA